AUGCAGAAUGCGCAGGUAUUGGGGGCAGGCGGGAAAUCGCUAGAUUUCGCCCUCGACACCCUCUCUCAAAUUCCCGAAUCUCUCCUACAAGCUGAGCUUAAACGACGAAAUGGGAACUUUGUACGAGCCUCGGAUACCGAUGAUGGAUCGACCUGCGGCUCUGGGCAGCGGGGUGCGUAUAACACGCCUCUGCAUGUUAUGGCACUCUUCCUCAUUCUCGUCUUGAGUACAUUCGCAUGCUCUUUCCCAGUUCUUGCUCGCCGCUUCCCCGGUUUGCCGAUUCCACGCCGAUUCCUUUUCAUAUCCAGACACUUCGGGACAGGCGUGUUGAUCGCUACGGCAUUCGUACACCUACUUCCUACAGCCUUCAUGUCAUUGACAGAUCCAUGUCUUCCCAAAUUUUGGAGCCACUCCUACCGAGCCAUGGCCGGAUUCGUCGCGAUGAUGUCCGUAUUUGCCGUCGUGCUGGUAGAGAUGUUCUUCGCGAUGAAGGGAGCGGGCCAUGUUCAUGGAAAUGACUAUGAUACGUUAAUGGGUGAUAUUGGCCGUGAAUCACUCGACGACUUCCGACUCGGGACGCAGGACUUUUUACACGACCAUGACCGCGAAGCAUCGGGAAAUAUCCGCAUGGAAGGCCUGCAACAAAAUAACCCGUUGGACUCCACCGAGCCUAUAGGUGCCUCGCACAAGCGCGGAUCUGGCCCUGAACACCCACACACUCUCGGCUCCCAGCCGGAUAAAGAAGAAGACGAAGAUGCGGAUAUCGAAGGGCUGGACGUAUAUGCAGACGAUGACACCGUCCCUAUCAAUGGACAACCCCGUUCCCGUUCCUCAGCCCACUCUGCUGCUGCUCGCCGCCACCGGCCGCGAUUGAGCGAGCACUCCGACAUGCCAAUGGUCAACCCUCAACGGCAACUUUUGCAAUGUCUCCUUUUGGAAGCGGGCAUUUUGUUCCACAGCAUUUUCAUCGGCAUGGCGCUUAGCGUUGCAACGGGGACGUCAUUUAUUGUCCUCCUCGUCGCUAUCAGUUUCCAUCAGACCUUUGAAGGCUUCGCGCUGGGCUCGCGUAUUGCGUCGCUAAUCCCGGACCUUUUUGGCCCCUCUUCCAUGAAGCCUUGGCUCAUGUCCCUUGCUUAUGGAACUACUACCCCUCUUGGCCAGGCUCUUGGGCUGAUUUUGCAUAACUUUUAUGAUCCCGCGAGUGCGACGGGUCUGCUGAUGGUGGGCAUCACCAACGCUAUUAGUAGCGGGCUUCUUCUGUUCGCGGGUCUUGUUGAGCUUCUUGCUGAAGAUUUUCUCAGCGAGUCGAGUUAUGAGAGUCUUCAGGGUAGGCGGCGAGUCGAGGCUUGUGUCUCUGUUGCCUGUGGUGCUAUUUUGAUGGCACUUGUUGGGGCUUUUGCCUGA